AUUUACAAAAACAAUUGUUUUAUUGUUGUCAAGUAUUUCGCCAUCAAAGAGGGUUCCGUCACCAAAAAAGUUUGAGAACCGCUGAAUUAGGGGAUGCAUUCCAACCCCAUAAGGCGUGGCUUAUUGCUACCCAUCCCUCUAUUGUGUAAGCUUUUAUAAACCGUAGCAUAAUCUCAGUUUUACAAAUUAUAGUCAUGGAUCUGUCUCCAGUAUCCGGUGCAAAGUGCGGUUCAGAUUUUAGUAUUGAGAGGAUAUUGAGUGAUGAUUCUAGUCGGGAACAAACUCCAAGUUGGUUGUGUUGCACGAGGUAUCAGCCGCCGAGACUUCCACGAGCACCGAACGCCUGCCGCGCGCGCCGCUCGGGCAGACACGCGCGGGUGCCGUUCUCGGGCGCGCAGGCGGCGGCGCUGGAGGCGGCGUACGCGCGCGCGCCCUACCUCGCGCCGCCCGCCCUGCGCGCGCUCGCUGCUGCGCUGCAACUGCGAGAUGAUCGGAUUAAAAUAUGGUUCCAAAACAGAAGAGCGCGGGAAAGAAGAGAAAAGUCCGGAUCUAUUACCCCUCCUCGCGCCGUGUCUUUACCAUCGACAGCUUCUCACACCUCUUCAAAUUAUCUAUGGAUGCCGAUUAACGAUCAAUCUUUACAAACUCCAUUGAACGUCAGACAAGGAAGCAAUAGCUUCAGUGAACAAAUGGCCAACAAUUCGAUAAGUGAAAUCAAUAGUUAUGUAGAAAGUACAACCUCAAGCGAAUCCAGUAGGCAUCUUAGUCAGUCCUAUAGAAGUUUGUCAGAUGACUCGAAUGGGAGUAGAUCUGAUUCCUCAUUAGAGGUAGAGAUAGUUGAUUAAAAUUAAAACAAUCUAGUGGCGUAGCGUGCCUUGGAGGGGUCCUGUAUCAAAAUUAGUUGAGGGGCCCACAUAAAGGGCAACAUGUUUGUACCUACAAAAGAAACAAAUAUGCUUCCCUAAAAUAAAACAUGACAGCGACGCUUAAAAUCAGGAGAAAAAAGAAAUAGCUUUUUUUGACUUUUGUAAUUUCUAAAGUGAAUUGGCCACGUCUUUGGGUAAUGACAUAAAAUUGUGCGUUGUUUAGUAUGAAGGGGCCCAUCUAACGAUAUACAACGUGUCCCAAAAUUCAACGAUAAGCGGGCGCCAAAAGAUUGACCUGCUCAUGAGCACUUAAGGAAAAAUAAUAAAAAAAAUAUACCUAAAUUUUUUUUUUAGUUACAAAAUAAAUUUUAAAAUUCUUUGAAAAUUUACACCUUGUAUGAUAUUUUGAACUACCGCAGCUACAAUUUCUUAAAUAUGCUUAAGAUUUUUUUUGUAUCGGAACCUAAGUAGUACUACUAUUCACCACAACUCUUAAAAACACCACAAUGCCCGCAGUUUUUACACAAAAAAAUAUCAAAAUAUUUUUUUUAAAGAUUUUUACUUUCAGUCUACUUUGACUCAUGGUCUUGCAAAAAAAAGUAUGAACACCGCUAUGGCAAGUUAUUUUCAAAGUUGACGCAACUAAUCAAGAUUUCAAAAUAGUAUAAUACCCUAGGAUAACUAGUCGCAAAAAAAAAAUAUGCGUACCAUUUGUAAACAAGAACUAAAUUUCUAAAAUGUUUUUGCUCCUAGAAAUCAC